GCGCCGGCCGGCCGCGCGCGCCACGUCAGUGUGAGUCGAUCGCCGCCAUGGUCGAGGACAAGCCGACCACGCUUCUGCUGCCGCACGUGCUGAGGGGCAUCAGCAAGCAGGUGCCGCAGCGCAGGACGCUGGACAAACUGCUCCUGGUGGCCGUCACUGCAGCGGCCAUCUACGGUGUGUCUCUGGCCAUCUCAUCUUCGUUGCCGUCACAGCAGUUGGUCCAAAAUGUGAUCUUCCGGCCGUCGGUCGCCCAGGCGCCGUCGGUGCCGACGGUCACGUCGUCGACGACGCCGCGCGCCUGGCGGCCGGGCUCGACGCUCGCCGCCCAGUCCGGCAGCAACCACUCGCACUUUCGCCAGCUGUCCAACAGCGUGGUCGUCGUCAGGGAGGGAAGCGACGUACAGCUCGACUGCCGGCUGACGGUCAAGCCGCACGCCAUUGUGCCCGUCAAGAAGGAGGAGGAGGAGGAGGAGGAGGAGCAGGGCUUCGCCUGCGGAUUUGUGAAAAAGUGA